AUGAAUAAUUUAGUUUCUAGACAAAACACCCCCGAUACUUGUCUCGAGGGAAAUUUCUACAAUGGAAAACAUUUUGCAGCCAGGGUGUCAGCCGUUCCUGUUUUGUUUACCCUUUCAGUCGUGGGCUCAUUUUCGCCCUUGGUGGCUGCAUAUUCGAAAAAAUUCAAGUUACCUGAUUGGCUUUUCACUGGAAUAAGGUACUUUGGAAGCGGAGUGAUUAUCGCUACAGGCUUUAUACACUUGAUGGCUGAGGCAGCUGCCGCUUUGAGCAACAAAUGUUUAGGUCCACCAUUUACAGAUUACCCCUUUGCCGAGGGUAUAGCAUUAAUUGCCGUAUUCUUCAUCUUCUUCUUCGAUAUUGUUGCUCAUUACAAAUUGUCCAACAAGGCAAAAGCCAGAAUUGACAACGACAAGCAUGGAAACCUCCCAAUUGGAUUUGAAUCAGUUACUGGAGAAGCAUCAACUAACAUUCAUCAAUCAAGGGAGCCAACAGAGGAGGAGGAUCAAGAGUCCAACGCGUCACGGAAAUCAUCGGACACAGAGAUUAACGAACGUAAUCUUUCGAAACUUGAAAGCUUAUACCAACAAAUAUUGAAUUGUGUUGUUUUAGAAUGUGGUAUUGUUUUGCAUUCUAUUUUUGUUGGUUUAUCUUUGGCUAUAGCAGGAGAUGAAUUCGUAACAUUAUAUAUUGCUAUUGGUUUUCAUCAGCUUUUUGAAGGCUUAGGUCUUGGAACAAGAUUUGCAACCACUCAAUGGCCUAAGGGGAAAAGGUACGUUCCUUGGCUCAUGUCUCUUGCUUACAGCUUGACCACUCCUUUUGCUUGUGGAAUAGGAUUGAUUGUUCGUGAAACAUACCCAGCCGGAUCUAGGACUUCUUUGAUUACCACAGGUACUUUUGAUGCUACGUGUGCUGGAAUUUUGAUUUACAAUAGCAUUGCGGAGUUGAUGGCAUUUGAUUUUAUGUAUUCUGGUGAUUUCAGAGAUAAACCUAUAAAGAAAUUGUUGUUUGCUUAUAUCUAUUUAAGUUUGGGAGCAUUUGCGAUGGCAUUCAUUGGAAAGUGGGCUUAG